AUGGCGGCCCCAUGGCGGCUCCUACCGCAGGUCGCGCCCACCGUGGCCCGCUUCUCACGUCUGCGGUCCGCAGCUAACCUGCAGACGACGAGCUCGCUGCGAUGCUGGCGGGCAGCCUACUUUUCCUCCUCUGGCAACGCAGCAUCGCCAGCGGCAGCGGCAGCGGCAGCGGCAGCGGCAGCAACAGGCCGGCCCACGUCGCCGUCCUCGAUCGAGCUCAGCGGUCGGACGUAUAAGACCGACGAGUGGUUCAACGUCCCCUCCAACGUCGCCAACGCCACGUCUCGCAAGCUGCACCUCCAGAAGGACCACCCGAUCGCCAUCACGAGGCAGAUCAUCGAGUCCAAGUUCCCCGAGGCGACAUACAAGACCUACAACACCUUCGACCCCGUCGUGUCCACCUUUGAGAACUUCGACUCGCUGGGCUUCCCGGAGGACCACCCCGGCCGGGCCAAGUCGGAUACGUACUACAUCAACAAGGAGACGCUGCUGCGGACGCACACCAGCGCCCACGAGCUCGAGAUCUUCAAGGCCAACGCGAGUGACGGCUACCUCAUCAGCGCCGAUGUCUACCGCCGGGACGAGGUCGACCGGACCCACUACCCGGUCUUCCACCAGAUGGAGGGCGCCCGGGUGUGGGACCGCACCAAGGUCCCCAACGGCGACAUUGCCGCCGCCGUAUGGGCGGACCUGGACAAGCUUCCCAAGCACGACAUCCAGGUAGAGGACCCCAACCCGCCCUUCCACCCGGAGCGGAACCCACUGCAGUCGGAGCAUCACUCCCCGGCCGAGGCCGAGGCUAUUGCGGCUCACCUCAAGAGGUCACUGGAGCUCGUCGUCGUCGAGAUCUUCAGCCGGGCCAAGGCCGCCGCAGUCAAGGCGGACCCGAACUUUGUCGACGAGCCGCUCAAGGUCAGGUGGGUCGAGGCAUACUUCCCCUUCACCAGCCCUUCGUGGGAGCUCGAGGUCUACUACAACGGCGACUGGCUCGAGUGCCUGGGCUGCGGCGUCUCCAAGCAAAACAUCCUCAUCAACGCCGGCGUCGGGUCGCAGGCCGGCUGGGCCUUCGGCCUGGGCCUGGACCGCAUCGCCAUGCUGCUGUUCCAGAUCCCCGACAUCCGGCUCUUCUGGUCGCAGGACGAGCGGUUCCUCUCGCAGUUCGCGGGCGUGUCGGGCGACCUCGGCCGGCUGAAGCGCUUCGUGCCCUUCUCCAAGUACCCGGCGUGCUACAAGGACGUGUCCUUCUGGCUGCGCACGUCCUCGGCGGCCGGCGGCAACACGAGGGGGGCCAACGUGCACGACUUCCACGAGAACGACGUGAUGGAGGUCGUCCGCAGCGUGGCGGGCGACGUCGUCGAGGACGUCAGGCUCGUCGACGAGUUCACGCACCCCAGGACGGGGAGGCGCAGCAUGUGCUACCGCAUCAACUACCGCAGCCUGGAGCGGACGCUCACCAACGACGAGACCAACGGCCUGCACGACGAGAUCACCAAGGCUCUGGUGGAGCGCCUCGGCGUCGAGAUCCGGUAG